UUUAGAUUCAGUAGAUUGUCUGUCAUGCCCUGAAGACUACUGGUCUAAUGCAAACGGAACAGUGUGUGUCCCGAAAGUAGUUGAGUUUCUCUCCCAUGAUGCAAUGGGAAUCACCCUGACUGUAAUAGCUAUAGUGGGAGCUUUUCUGACAAUCACAGUGCUGGUGAUAUUUCUGUACAACAGAGGAACCCCUAUAGUCCGUGUGAAUAACUCAGAGCUCAGUUUCUUCAUCCUGCUGUCUUUGACUCUGUGUUUUCUAUGUGCUUUGGUGUUUAUUGGGGAACCCACAUCCUGGUCCUGCAUGCUGCGACACACUGCUUUCAGCAUCACUUUUUCCCUCUGCAUAUCCUGCAUCCUGGGCAAGACUUUAGUGGUGUUGGCAGCUUUUACAGCUACCCGACCAGGAAACAAUAUAAUGAAAUGGUUGGGCCCAACACAGCAGAGAAUCAUAAUCUUCUGCUGCACUCUAGUUCAGGUGGUCAUAUGUACUGUCUGGCUUGUAGUAUCCCCACCUUUCCCCUAUAAAAACACUAAAUAUCAACAGUCCAAGAUUAUCCUGGAUUGCAGUGUGGGCUCUGAUCUGGCCUUCUGGAGUGUACUUGGAUAUAUUGGUGUUUUGGCUUGUGUCUGUUUUUUUCUGGCAUUUUUAGCGCGGAAAUUGCCAGGCAAUUUUAAUGAGGCCAAAUACAUCACCUUCAGCAUGCUUAUAUUUUGUGCAGUGUGGCUGGCAUUUGUACCUGCAUAUGUCAGCCAGCCAGGUAAAUUUACAACUGCUGUGGAGAUUUUUGCUAUUUUAGCUUCUAGUUUUGGCCUGCUCCUCUGCUUGUUUGCCCCCAAAUGUUACAUUAUUUUACUGAAGCCUGAGAAGAACACCAAACAACAUCUCAUGGGAAAAGUUAUUAAAUGA